AGGAAAACAACGGACUUGUAUUGACUGAAAUUGUUAAAGGAAUUUACUGUGGCGCACCGUGCGUAAAAGGCGCACUGGCCAAUUCGCUGCGCGCUUGAAUUCAGUGGUAACAGUGAUUUUUGUUUUUAAUUGAAGAUUACAUUUUCGGAUUUUCAUUCCUAAGGGGCUGAACGAAUAAUGCUAAAAAUGACAGAGGAGCAUGACAAGUGUGUCAGCGACCAGCCGUGCAGUCCAUCGGGCACAAACAGCUCCAUGUCCCAGGACGAGUCCGACUCCGAUGCUCCGUCCUCACCGACAGGCUCCGACGGCCAAGGAUCCUUGCUCGCCGGUUUGGGCAAGAAACUGGACUGCGAGGACGACGACCGGUUCCCAGCUUGCAUACGGGACGCCGUCUCUCAGGUCCUGAAAGGAUACGACUGGUCCUUGGUGCCCAUGCCCGUGAGAGGGAACGGAUCUCUGAAGAGUAAACCUCACGUCAAGAGACCAAUGAAUGCGUUCAUGGUUUGGGCGCAAGCGGCCCGCAGAAAGCUGGCGGAUCAGUAUCCACACCUGCACAAUGCAGAACUGAGCAAGACUCUGGGGAAACUGUGGCGUUUGCUCUCGGAAAGUGAGAAGAGGCCGUUUGUAGAGGAAGCAGAGAGGCUUCGGGUUCAGCACAAGAAAGAUCAUCCAGACUAUAAGUACCAGCCCCGGCGACGGAAGAAUGUGAAACCAGGCCAGAGCGACUCAGACUCAGGAGCAGAACUGGCACAUCACAUGUAUAAAGCUGAACCAGGGAUGGGAGGACUGGCAGGGAUGACUGAUGGACACCACCACCCAGAACAUGCAGGGCAGCCCCAUGGUCCCCCUACACCGCCCACUACUCCCAAAACAGACCUGCACCAUGGGGUGAAGCAGGAUCUGAAACAUGAAGGCCGUCGUCUUGUUGACAGCAGCAGGCAAAACAUCGACUUCAGCAACGUCGACAUCUCUGAGCUCAGCACUGAUGUCAUCAGCAACAUGGAGACCUUCGAUGUGCACGAGUUUGACCAAUACCUCCCGCUCAAUGGCCACGCCUCAGGCUCCUCCACCCUGCCUUCAGACCACAGCCAUGGGCAGGCUCCAGCGCCUGGUGGCUCUUACACUUCCUCAUACGCAGGCGCCAAUGGGUCAGCGUGGAGCCGCAAGAGCACCAUGUCCUCCACCUCUCCCUCCGCCAGCGAGGUGGGCCAGCACCGGCUCCACAUUAAAACGGAGCAACUGAGCCCCAGCCACUACAGCGAGCACUCCCACAGGUCACCCUCACACUCCGAUUAUGGCUCCUACAGUAGCCAGGCCUGUGUCACCUCGGCUACGUCAGCUGCCUCGGCUGCAGCUUCUUUCUCCAGCUCCCAGUGUGACUAUAGUGACAUCCAGAGCUCCAACUAUUACAACCCUUACUCUGGCUACCCUUCUAGCCUCUACCAGUACCCGUACUUCCACUCAUCCAGGCGGCCCUACAGCAACCCAAUCCUUAACAGUCUGGCCAUGGCUCCUGCCCACAGCCCUACCGCCUCCAGCUGGGACCAGCCCGUCUACACCACGCUGUCUCGACCUUAAGGUGACAAGAAACUGUCAGUUCGCACCAGAGACUCAUUCAGAUUGAUGCACUACUAAUGAAGGAAGUAAGGAGCAGGUGGAAAAGUAUGUGUGUG